AGACCAUGUCCCACCAUCGUCCUUUCUUUCACCGUAAACUCAUCAACCGAAUUGACUGUUUUUCGGAUGCAACUGUUGUCUUUUUUUUAUUAAAAAAAAAUCCGGUUUGACCAACCGACCCGAUAUGGACAGCGUUUCUCACCCUCUCGCACGCGCUGCACGUGCCAUCCCCUUAACUGCGAAACUAAAAUUAAAACCGACAAGAAAAUUGUCGAUGUAAAAUCAAACUAAGCAAAAACCAGAAAAGAAAUUAAAAAAAAAAAAAGGUUACGAGAGAGAAACAUUGCUCUCUCUCUCUCUCUCUCUCUCUCUCUCUUCUCGCUCUCAAGCUGGUUCGGAAAAGGCUUCACAGAGGACAAAGCGAGGGUUUAAAAAAAUUAAAUAAAGCCUCAAAAAGGAAAAACACUAUCUCCACAGAGAGGGAAAGCUCAAAGCCAAAGGGUAGAGAACAGAAGAGAGAAACACGUGUAGCGUCGUCUCUCUAUUGGAGCUGAGCUUAGGAGCUAGGGUUUCGUUAUUCCCUUUUUUGAAGCCUUUUAUGAUGGUUUCUUUUUAGAUGUUGUCUUGAGGCUUCACUCGUGUUCUAGAUGGAACAAAAUUUGUCUGUAUGUUACAAAGUCUUCUGUGUUUGGUGGUUUUGCAUCUGAAGCACCAUGACGCUGGAGGAUUUUUUUACCCUGACUGAGAUGAAAGAUGGGCUGACAGCCCCUUCACGAGUUGAGGAGCUACUAACUGUAAUGAAGAAGGAGAAAGAUUCUAUUGUUAAGAAUAUCAGUGAUGCAACCCGGCAGUGGGCUGCUGUUGCAAGCACAAUUGCAACCACUGAGAAUAAAGACUGUCUCAAUCUUUUUAUUCAACUAGAUGGACUCUGGUUUCUUGACAGAUGGCUCAAGGAUGCUCAAGAAUUUGGUAAUGACUUAAGUGACAGUUUUGUGGAAGAAUCAAUUACUGCACUCUUACGAGCACUUGAAAAGUUGCAUAGAAAUAAUGAGAUGUCUAUUUCUUCAGAGAUCUGGAUUACGGUCAAGAAUCUACUUGGCCACAAUAGCUCUAGAGUUCAGGACAGAGCUAGGUUGCUUUUAGAUAACUGGAAAGAAGGUAGAGUUAUUCAUGAUGUUCAUGGUGGUGCUGGUAGUGGUGGACAUGACUAUAGGAUUUUGGAUAGUGCACCUGUUAUUGAAGAAAAUAGUGGGCCAGAAUGUUCUGGCAAAGAUGGUCCUGUUUCAACAGAAAGCGCCCAUGAAGAAAAUGGAGCAGAUGCUGCUAAAAUUGAAAGCCUUCCUUCAAGUCUAGAUGGUGUUCAACCAGAGAGUGCUAAAGAUUUACACAUUGAAAUUACUAAUGAUGAGCUCGAGUCCCACAUAAAUUCAGACCAUUCUGACAUGGAAAAUAGAUCACCAAAUCAUAUGGCCUCCUCUUUCGUGUCAAAUCCUGUUCAAGAAAAUUUGUCCAUGAAGGAAGAUCUUCCAGCAAAAACUGUGGAAGAAACUGCUUCCCCUGAGGCCUGCAGUUUACCAGAUUUAAAGCAAGAAAAUAUUGAAGUUUCAGAUGCUAAGAAGUUGAAUGGGUUAUCAAGUGAUGAAAAGCAGUUGGGUAUGACAGUUUCAAACUCGAGUACUGUGGAACAUGUACUGGUUUCUUCCAAUGCCGGUCAUAAUAGUUCGAAGGAGGCUACAACAGAACCCAAUUCCAAAAAUGAUUCUGAAGCUAAUAAGAGUGAUGUUCUAAAACCUGUUGCUCUUGCAGAUGAGAGGAUGCCUUUAUCUGAGCCAAAAAAGGCAAUGGGUGAUAUGGCAGCUGUGAAUCAUUCGGGCACUGGUUCACAGCUAUUCAAGACUGCAGGUAAAAAUGGUGAGUCUCAUUCGAGCAUGUUGCGGAGCUCCUCCGACAAUGAGAUUAUAUAUAGAAAGCCUGAGGAUCUGGGGACUACCUUGUCCAGGAUGGAAGACAAUGGAACAGCAGAUGAAGAUAAGGAGAAUUGUGGAGUUGAGGAUUUGAGGGGUGGUUCCAGGUUUACCUGUAGUCCUGAUGUGAUUGAUACAAGAAUGUCUGAUAUUGACCUUGAGUAUGGCAUAGUUGAUGCUCUAGAAGUUGCUCGAAAAGUUGCUCAAGAGGUGGAGCAAGAAGUCAUAGAUGAUAGAGACCCUUCCUGCAGCUCUUCAGAGAAAAUUUUGGAAGGUGGAAUUAGGCAAUCCAGUACCUCAGGAUCCAUAAAUGGAAAAGAAGACAUUCCCAUUGAGAUCAUACCAAAGGAGGUGUCAACUGGACCCAAUCCGUCGGCUGGAGCAUAUACAGAGUUGGAGGGGCGCAUAAUUAAUUCAGAUAAUGCUGACUAUGAACCAGAAAAUCACUUGCAUGAUAUGGAGUCCUCUCAGAUUACUGUGGCUCAAGAACCUGAACUUAACACGGAGAAAAGCCUAUGUGAUUUUGAUCUGAACCAAGAAGUCUGUUCUGAUGAUAUGGAAUGUGCUGUGAAUUCCAUCUCCACCCCCAUUUCAGUGGUUUCUGCUUCAAGGGCGGCAGCAGCUCCCUGCUUACCUGCAGCUCCUCUACAGUUUGAGGGGUCUCUUGGAUGGAAAGGAUCUGCAGCCACAAGUGCUUUUCGGCCGGCCUCGCCUCGCCGAAACUCUGAUGGUGAUAAGAGUCUAUCCAUUGGAGGAACAAGCAGUAGCUCAAAACAAAGGCUGGACUGCCUUGAUUUCGAUCUUAAUGUUUGUGAGGCUGGUGAUGAAAAGGGUGCUGAACUAAUGUCAAGGAAACAGAUUACAGCCUCAUCAGGCCUCCGUUCUGCAGAAUCUUCACUGGAAAUGAGUCCUAGAAGGUGUGAGAGACUUAAGUUGGAUUUAAAUCGUAGCAGUGAUGAUGGUGAUGCUCUAGCAUUAGAUUCAAGAGUAGAGGGACGUUGCUUUUACAACAGGAAUGGGCAUCGUAGCCCAUCACCUGCCUCGUCAUCCUCAUCAAUGCGGCCUUCUCUAAGGAACAUCGAUUUGAAUGACAGACCAUAUAGUCACAAUGAUGCUUCAGAACAAGGGCCUUGCCAUGGUAGAUCUUCACAAAAUGUGGAUGCAUAUGGAGGGCCUAAACUAAAUGAUCCUGUUAUUUCUAUAAUGGGUACCAAAGUGGAAGUCAAUAGGAAGGAUUUUGUUUCUCAGAUUUUUUCCUUACCAAAUGGCAAGGCUCAUGAGCCUGCGACUGGUGGAAGCAUCACAAGAACUGCAGGGUUGAUGGGGUUGGGUCCCACUGUGUCAUAUACACAAUCUCCUGCUUUUAGUUAUAAUGGACUGGCUAUGGCGCCAACGAUGUCCUUCUCUUCUGCCAUUUAUGCAGCUAGUGGCUCAAUCCCCUAUAUGGUCGAUUCAAGAUCACCUGUUGUGCCUCAAAUUAUGGGCUCUACAUCAGUUGUUCCCCCUUACUCUCAACCGCAGUUAAUAAUGAGCUUAAGCAAUGCACAUGUUGGUUUAAAUGGUUCUGGCCCCUCACGGCCUAAUUUUGAUCUGAAUUCUGGAUUAGCAAUUGAGGGAGGAAAUAGAGAUUCCAUGGGUUUAAGGAUGCCUUUCAAUAUGCCUGGUCAAGGCAGGUCAAUGGAAGAGCAUUUGAGGGCAAACUCACAACCCUCUAGUUCUGGAGUAGGUGCAAAAAGGAAAGAACCAGACGGUGGAUGGGAGCUAUGCCCAUUUAACUACAGACAGCAGCCAUUUCCAUGGAAAUAGUAAGUUCAUAUUUAUCUUGCUCCUUCCUCUCUUGGGAUCAGUUCAUUAGUCCAAGCUAAUUGAUGCUUGCAUUGCAAAAGAUACCUGGAAAAUCAAGAGCCCAUUGGCUUCCAUGGGAGGGGAGUUGAACUGAAUAAAAUAGGAAAAUUACGAAUGUAAUGUGAUUCAUGAGAUUGAUUAAGGAAGAGGAAGAAAUUAGGUUUUAAUUGUUUUAGUUUUGGCUUAUUUUCUUGUUUUCCUUUUCUGUGUUCCAUAGAAGGCUUGGCACAUUAGUUGUUAACUUAUUUUCCAUAUAUCUCAAAGAAA